ACAGGCAUCAGUCUCCUCUCAUCCACUGGGCGGCGGUAGACACCUGUCAGUCUAGCGGUGUUUCCCCGCAUGAUCGCUGAAGAAGAAUAAUCGCGGAAGAAGGGAAAGGUUUCCUGACGGAUCACCGGGCUAACCAGCUAACAAAGAUAACUACCCGUCUUAUCGGCAGUUUAAUCAGGUAUACCGGUUAGAUAGACACCCGGACCGAAGUAUCAAGAUGACAGCCGCACCUUAUAACUACUCCUACAUCUUCAAAUACAUCAUCAUCGGUGAUAUGGGAGUAGGGAAGUCCUGUCUGCUGCACCAGUUCACAGAGAAAAAAUUCAUGGCGGACUGUCCUCACACCAUCGGGGUGGAGUUUGGGACGAGGAUCAUGGAGGUUAACGGCCAGAAGGUGAAGCUGCAGAUCUGGGACACAGCCGGUCAGGAGCGCUUCAGGGCUGUCACCAGGUCCUAUUACAGAGGGGCUGCCGGGGCCCUCAUGGUGUAUGACAUCACCAGGAGAAGUACUUAUAAUCACUUGAGCAGCUGGUUAACAGAUGCCAGGAACCUGACCAACCCAAACACAGUGAUCAUUCUGAUUGGUAACAAGGGCGACCUGGAGGCUCAGAGAGACGUGACGUACGAGGAGGCCAAACAGUUUGCGGAGGAGAAUGGUUUGCUGUUUCUAGAGGCCAGCGCUAAGACAGGGGAGAAUGUGGAAGAGGCCUUCCUGGAAGCGGCAAAGAGAAUUUACCAGAACAUCCAAGACGGCAGUCUGGACCUGAACGCUGCCGAGUCAGGAGUCCAGCACAAACCGUCUGCGCCGCAGGGAGGUCGCCUCAACGCCGACAGCCAGCCGGCCAAAGAAGGCUGCAGCUGCUAACCACAGACCCAUCAGACAGACGGACGGACAGAAGCAGACAGAUACGUACACAGAGAUCCACCAGGCACUAACAUGCGUCUUCUAUCCAGAGUGUGUCAAACAGGAUUUAGCUGGAUUACAUUUAACAGUCCAACCAACCGACUGUUGUCAAAUCCAGACCUCAGUUCAGUACCCAAAACAAGAUUCAACCAUCCUCCACCCAAUCAGAUAUUUACCAGCUUUGGUUAAAUCAGGACACCCGCUACCAAAUCCAGAAACUAUCCAGACUAUGUGUCUAUGUGCUACCUCUGGAUCAGUGUUGGUCAACUCCCAAAUCAGGACCACCCUAGACCUUAGCUGGAUCACAGUUUGCACAAAAUGAAUCCCUAAGCAUAAAUCCCAGCCACUCUUGGUCCACACUUGGAUCAUGCUAGGUCUCAUUCCAGCUUAGUCACUAUGCCCAUCACCAGACAAACAUUUCCCCAAAACUGGACGACCCUCCACACCUUCCAAGAUUAAAGUGCUGUUGGCCUGACUCAAAUGAAGGUUUAGGACUACCCUGGUCACACUUGAUAACGCAAUUUAUUAAUUAUUAUUAGUUAACAAAUAAAGAUACAAGACUCAAAUUUGAAUCAACCUACAGCCCAAAUCUGAUCUACACUUUACCAAAAUGUGGAUCACCCAAAAAAAAACGUACACUAGAUUCAGAGCCUUGACUCUUCUUGGUUCCAAUUGAGACUUCCGCCUUUACCCCACAUCCAGGCUGGCUUGGCCCAAAGGUAGGCCAAACUGGACUGUUGUAAGCCCAGAAUAGCACCACCUUUAGCCCACCAACAGACAACCAUUCCCCCCAAGACUGAACCCAACUCAAGUGAGGGUAUUCCAACUACUUUUGUCCCAAAUGUUAAAACACCAAUGAGACGAAUCAAGAUUCAGUGCUUAAAUUCGGACAAA